GAAGCGUAUAAAAGACAGUGGUUUUUCAACUGUUCCUGCAAGAUUAUUGAUAGCGUCCAACAGUGCCGAUCAGAUACUCCAAAGACUUAAAUAGAGACCAUGAAGCUCUGACACCAACAUGAUCCUGUUUCCUCUUGUUUGGUCUGACUCUGGGGCUGUGUCUCCAUCACUUGUCCAUCCAGUGAAGCUACAGCGUGGCAGCUGUCCCAUGUUCUGGUGGAGCUUCAACGGCCGCUGCUACAAGUACGUUGCCACACGUAUGUCCUGGGCUGAUGCAGAACUCCACUGUAGGUCACAGAGAGCCAACCUGGUGGCUAUCCACAGUCUGCAGGAACAUAACUUUGUCAAUUCCCUGAUCAAGAACUUUGACCCUGCCCAGCAGUGGACCUGGAUUGGACUCAGUGACAUUCAUAAAGAAGGCAGAUGGAUGUGGUCUGAUGGGUCUGCACUUGACUUUGUCUUGUGGAGGAAAGGAGAGCCCAACAACCAUAAAGGACGUGAACACUGUGGACACACAAACCUUGGCUCAGAGCUGCAAUGGAAUGAUGAAAAAUGUCCUGGGCAACUCGCUUUUGUUUGUGCAUCUCGCAUAUGUCCUUAGCAACUGAGAAGGUUGUUUCUGAUUCAACUCGGUAAAUUUCCACCAGUUGCUGUUCAGUAAUUCAUUGAGAUGGCACAAUACAGAUACAAAUGUGCAAGUGUAUGUAUAGAAGUCUUUCCAUUAACCUUCAUAUUCAUGAAUGUUGAAUGAAUGUUUGAUAUCUUUCUUUUUUC